AUGGCACAGCGCAAUUUGGGAUACUACGAUAUCAUUGCAGGGCUUUCCGCCCUUGAGUGCUCUCACAAGACUCGUUUGUCACAGGAACAAUUACAGGCACUUUGUAGAAUUGAUCAACAGGCGAAAAAAACCAGAGACCAAACGAGUGACGAACAACUAGACGAAAGCCAUCGCAGGGAAAGAAGAAGAGUUCCGGUACACGGAUAUUUGAGCAAAGUAGACGCUACACUUAAGCUGGAAAAUGCUGGUGAUUUACAACAUACGCUGCUGGGAGGCCACGUUCCACGUUCACAGUUAGAGGCUCUUUCCAGUACCAAUUUCGCAAGCUACUUCCAGAAACUGAUAGAUUUCGACAAAACGGCCGAAGCUUUCAGUAUCUUCGUUAAUGCAGCAGCGAUACGGGCGACAGCUAUUGCAGCGACACCCUCUCCACCAUCGAGCGCGACUCCUUCUGUGCAGCCCGGUGCUUUGGAGGGAAACGAGGGCCUUGAGCUGACGAAAAAGCUUCAAGCCUCUACAAGCAACAAUGACGGCGUGAAAAAAGUGAUUCUAUGUAAAAAAUGCAAGGCUAGAUUUAGCGGUCCACGAAGGUUCACUAAUAUGAAAAAGCACAUGUGCAUGAGGGGAUAA